AUAUGUUUUUGCUGAAAACACAAGAAAAGGAGGGAAAAACUGGAGUUGUUUGGAAUUAGUUUGUUUUCGCAGUGAAAACCCAAAUAAAUUCCCAAAAUGGGGGGCGGAGAUUUGAACCUGAAGAAAUCAUGGCAUCCACACACAAUGAAAAACCAGGAGCGUGUUUGGAAAGCGGAGGAGCAGGCGAAGAUGGAGGAGCGCAAACUGCAGGAUCUGCGCAAGGAGAUCAACGAGGAGAGGGACAGAGAAGAGCUGAGGCGGUUAGGUGAAAGUUCCGGUGUCCUUGGCAAUAGUGGUGGUGCCGCUGGGGAAGCCAAGCUGGAAUGGAUGUACAAAAACAGCACGGAGCUGAUCAACAGAGAGGAGUACCUUCUGGGUCGCAAGAUCGAUAAGUCUUUUGAGACCCUACAAGCCGAGGAGAACCGGCAGGAACAAAGCACUGUCGGACUUAAACAGUCAAUCAAUCAUGUGGAGCACGACUGUGUGCCGUUCUCCAUCCGAACAUAUCGCAACCUGCAGUCAACGGAACAGGUGGACAUGCAGCGCAAGACCCUCGAGGAUCCUCUGAUGCUCAUCAAGCAGCGCGAGAUGGAAUCCCGCCGCAAAUUACUUGAGAACCCAGUCAAACUAAAGGAAAUACAUAGGAUUCUGAAGACCGAACAGGACCUAAAGGCCUCCAAAGAAAAAAAAGCCAAGAAGAGCAAAAAGUCAAAGAAAUCAAAAAAGAAGAAAAAGAGCAAGCGAUCCAGUGAUGAGGAAAGCAGCGAAAGCGGAAACAACGACAGUGAUGACGACUUGGACAGAAAAUUGGCACGCCAGGUCAGCAAACUCAAGGGCGACCACGGCAAUGGCGACCUCAAGUUAGACAAACUGUUAGACGCCAAAUACCGGACACUAUCCAAGCAACUCUCAAUGGCCACCAAGAAAAAGAGUAAGAAAUCUAAAAAGAAAAGCAGCGACAGCAGUAAUGAAAGUAGCGAUGAAGAUGAGAAGCCCAGGAGACACAAGUCCAGGAAUCUUGAUUCAAGGAGUGGAAAUAGGAGCCGAAGCCCCCAGGAAAAAAACGACAGUUCUAGGAGAAAUCGACAGAGUAGAAGUCCAGACCAGAGGAACAGACGCAGAAGUCCAGAAGAAAGAAAGGAAAGGCGGAAAAGCAGAAGUCCAGACAAAAGAAAGGAAAGGCGAAGAAGUCCCGAGGAAAGGAAAGAAAGACGAAGGAGUAAAAGCCCAGAGAUCAGACAAGAGAGACGUCGUCGACCAGAAGAAGGUAAUGAAACCUCCAGACAACGGGAGCAGCGCAGAGAUAGAAGCCCUGAAGAGCGUUCCAGGCACAAACGAAGUAGAAGCCGCAGUUCAAAGCGAGACGAUCGACGAAGGAGUCCCGAAAGACCACCUCUACGAAAGGAAAGGGAACGCAGUCCGGCUCCCAGUCGGCCCGCCGGCAAGUCCAAACUAAGUGAAGCCGACCGAGAAGCUCGCCUGCGUGAAAUGAUGGACAAUGCCACUUGGCGGGAAGCAGAUCGCACCCAGGCAGUGCGCAAACAUCGGGAAGCCUAUGCUCGGGAGGAAGCCCAAAACCGCGAGCGCGACUUCGACAAGGAGUUUAUCAACAAGGAAGUGAAGAAGGCCAUCGCCAACCAAAACUCCAUAGGCGACCGCAUUCGGGCCAAUCUGAACAACAUCCAGCGCACUGCAGCCUCCAUGGAUAGCAACUUUGCCCGCAACAAUUAGAUUCAACUUUUAAACGUGUUGGUUUUGUGCUUACAAGAUAAACGAUGCGAUUAACAUAAA